CAGCCAUCAAAUCAAACGGUGCUCUCGUCGGGAGAAGACGUCAAAAAGAAAAUCGUCGACGACACACAAAUUGGCCACGGGAAUUUCUCGUUUUUCUGUCGCUUCCCGUGCAAAGUUUCUCGUCAGUGUUUCGUGAUGGAUUUCGUCGGUCGGCGUGUGAUUGUUCCUACGGUGUUCCGCAGCUGGAAUCGAUGGUAAUAAGGACCUUCCAGCUUCUCGGAAGAGUGCUAUAGAAAGUGCAGUCCGAGCCCAACCAUCAUCAUCAGAAAAUCAUUUUUGUGGCAGCCUGAGGAGGAAGGAAAAUACACCGUGAGUGUGCGGAAGAAAGGAAGGAAGCGAAAAAUAAGAGAAGCAAAAAAAAAGUUUCUUUGGGGGACUGUCUGCUGAUUUUUGUGCUGUGUGUUUUUGAGUGUGGGGCUGUCAUUUUUUGAUUAAUCAAAACCAAUAAUAUUUUGUGAUAUUUUGGGCCUUGAAGGGGCAUGGAUUGAGCCCCGAAAAAAGUGACCAUAUCCAGGAGGGUUGUGCUAGUUGGCAGAGUUUCAAGAUUAGAUAAGGCUCUCGAGUGCUAGGCAGUGAUUAGGUGUUUUCUGAGUCAGCGCCAGGUAUUGCGAUUCGAAGGUAUCGCAAGAGUUCCACCUGCCCACCUGGACGGAAGGUCGCAGGGUUCUGUUCCGUGAAGCGCUGGAGUCAAACGGAGAUAAAAUUUUGCACCAUCAGCAGCAGCUACCGGAGCCAACGGUGGAGAAUAGUGGCGAAGGUGGAGUAGCAGCUGCAGUGGGCGGAGGUGGAAGUGCCAGCAGUGGAAGCAGGGAAGGCCGCAAGAAGAAACCAGGUGCUUCCUGAAAAAUGCCUCCACCGCCACCGCCGCCGGGGCCACCUCCGCCACCGGGUCCACCGCCACCGCCGGCGAUGAAACUUGGUGGCGGACAAUCCUCGGCCGAUGGACGGAACGCGCUGCUACAGUCGAUCCAGAAGGGUACCAAACUAAAGAAGACGGUAACGGUGGACAAGAGCGGUCCGCUGAUUCCGGGCAAGGUCAGCGGAGUUGGCGGCGGCACGGUUGGCAAUAGCAGUAAUAGUAGUAAUAAGGGACCAGCACCCGCGGCGUUGGGUGCAAGUGAUAGUAACGGAGGUCAAAAGUUAGGAGGAAUAUUCGGAGGUCUUUCGUCGAUGCCGAAGCUGAAACCGGUUGGCAGUAGAGGAGCAACGACAGCGACAGCAGCACAAUCAACAAGUAUCAGCAAUAAGUCACCAUCGCCGGAGAACACAAUCAAAAGCAACAAUCGGUUAGGCGCCAGUGGGGGUGGCGGUGGUGGUGGAGCCGUGGAUUUUGCUGACGAACUGGCAGCGAAGCUGACGCUCAAGAAGCAAAAAACCAGCAGUAGCAAUAGUAGUACCAACAAUCACAAUGCCAUCGUAAACAAUAACAACCAGGUGCCGGUGACGGAGAGCAAUCUGCGGACGAAUCGAGGACCCCCACCGCAACCCCCGGUGCAGCAGCUGUUGAAGAAUGCCAAUGAUUCAUCGAGCUACAACACGCUGGGGAAGUCGAGCUAUUCCAGUCAAAAGAGCCAGGCACCCUCGACGCCAAGUCCUUCGCCCUCGAAUGGGCCCGUCUCACCAGCAGUCACUAGUCCCAUCGGAAGCCUUAGUAUACUACCGAACAAAUCGACCUUAUUUGGCGGCAGUAGCAAUAGCAGUUCGUCUGGUAGCCCCCAACCGCCGCCUGUGCCUCAGACGCUACCGAGCCCCAAGCCGGUACCGAACCAUGGAAAACCAAAUCUGGCACCGAAGCCGCCAGGGAUGCAGCUCAACACGAGCGUGGCAAGCAACAAUGGCAGCAGCCGUGUCGCACGACAUCACAGCAUGAGGAGUCCCAGGUCACCGCCAGUGGCACCGGGUGGUCCUAACUUUGGGGUGAAUCAUUUCGGAACGCUGCGAGGUCCUCCAUCGAACUUUACAUCUUCGGAGUCGAUAGCUAGGCAAAACAAUCCCAUAGGACGACCUGCGGCGCCGCCUCCGAAGCCACCAGCUAUGAAACCCCCACCCCCGCCUCCAAUUCGCAGUGUUUCCAACACAAAUCUAUCGCAUUUACCCAUGAGUUUGGCACCGGAUGCACCGGAACCCAACUUUGGUUCCGCCAACAACGUGGCCAGUGCCGUCGCGGACGAGCUCAAGUCAAAGCUAGUCAACAGCGGUUCGGCGAACAAUGUCGCAACGCUCACCAACACCACAUCUUCCAAUUCGAUCGUAUCGAACAGCCAGCUUAGCAUCGGCAGCACGAAAACCCUCAGCAGUGGCAGUAUAAAAUCUACGGCACCCCCCCUUCCACCCCAUCGGACCUGUCCGGCUCCACCACCACCGCAACUCAACAUCAGCAGUAGUAGUGUUCCUGGCACUGGUGAAGCACCGCCCCAGCCUCCCCAGCGAAUUUCCUCCAUCAGGCAACAGCAACUAUCGGCACAACAGCAGUCUCAGCCUCUCUCCAAUGCGAACAGCCCCAGCAGUAUCAUUAGCGAUAGUCAGCACAGCACAAAUCUAAAGCGAAAGGAAACCAUUGCGACAGCCGCCCCGCAACGACGGAAGAUGCCACCCCCACUGAAGGAGAUUGACCUCGAGGCCACCUACUCGAUGCACUUCCGCAAGGUGACUGACUUUCCUGCACCGAAACCGUUUCUCAACGUGGCCAAAGUCUAUCCGAGCGUGAUACGACAGCAACAGCAGCACCACCAACAGCAUUAAGCGGGCUUCAACUGACUCUCAGGAGGACGGGAUCGGAAGCGGGCUCGGUGGGAAUAAAAUUCCCCAGUGAGCGACCGGUGGAUCCCGUACACGUGAGGGGUGCAGUGCAAAGUACAAUCCCCCAAAAGUCAUGAUCCGAAAUCACAAAUUGUGCAAGUCAAACUCCAGACACACUAAUCCGAUGUUCACCCCGCUGUAUUCCGUAAGUCAGUCAUCGUUGUCGUUAGACGUUAUUGUUGGAACACGAGCCAAACAGUACAGUAAUUUAUUAGACAAGUAUAACAAUUUAUUUAAAAGAGCAAAAUGCUACAAAAUCAUAUCAAAGUCUAAACAGUAAUCGAAACAAUGAAAAAGAGAAAAACAAAAAUAGAACAGGAUACCUACAUUUAGUGAAAGCAGUGAAACAAUCGUCGGGUCAUCGUAAAUUUCUCGUUCACACAGGCACACAUAGAUACAUCUAAAAUGCAACGCAAUAUAUGAAGCAGCGCACUACUUAGGAAAAAGUAAAGAAAAUGUAAAUACUUCCUGAUAGGGACUUUUUUUUCGUUGUCAAGCGAAAUUUACUUAUGAUAGCUUCGAAAUCUUUCUUCGUAGGAAAGUGAAAACACACAACCAGAGAAACGCAAAUACCCACAUUCAGUAUAAAAGAAGAAAGUGUAUACAAACAGCAGUUACUGUUUCCUCGUUGCAUGACACCUUUAGUAAAAAAAAUGACUCAAAGAUAAUAAUGGAAACAAUUUAAUAAUACUAUGCAAUUAACAAACAAAUAAGAUGCAAAUAACCAACUUUAAAGAAUUCCCGAAUCGUUGCCGCGAUUUGGGUUGGAACACGAAGGGAAAGCAGUUACAAUUAAAAUAAUUAUUCUUUAUUAAUUUUAUUGUUACUUUGUAAAUAUUAUAAAUAUUUAAUCCUUCUUUACAAUUAACUGGAGAUGAUUUUAAUCUAUUUCGAAGGCGAAAAAUGAAGAAGAAAAUCGUGAUCUAAACCAGAA